GUCGCUACUACAAUUGUUGCGUUACACCAAAGUUGAUGAACCCUGCAUGUUGCACUAGUCAUGACUCCAUGACAAAGACAGCCUUGUAUCUUGCUAAGGCCAUUUCUGAGAGUAUCAGAGUGUCAGCAUAUCACCUGCCACCGGCGCAAUGGUACAAUUCAAUCAGCCAGCACAGCGUGAAUAUCCUGCAGGUUUUACAGACAAAAGCCUACCAUAUCUCCCCAUUUUCUCGAUAGAUAGCGACCAACUGGGUGGCCAGGAGGACGACCAGGCCUGCCCAAGUCCGACUGUUCGCAAAUACGAAGAAAUCCGAAUAUCUCCUCGAAAUGCUCGAUCACGGGUGCCACAAUUUCAACAGUCUAAAAGAUGGGCCAGGCUGCAUAGCUCCGGCCGUCUGGCACCAAUUCAACAAUCGCGACCAUCUUCCCCGAUCGAGGCACCUUCGACCGAAACCGAAGAUCAAGUGCUCACAAUGCGCGAGGCCUCCUUUGAGCAACAGCGGGCCACCAAGAAGCCACUCGCUCUAAAGUCUGCAAUGAAAAGACCGGUCCAACCGAGGAUCGUUAGUGACAGCAGUGCUGAAGUACAAGAUGGUGGGCUUUGCCGCUCAGCGUUGGAAAGUGUCAAAGCCACCGUGAUAGAAACCCCGCAAGCGGCCUCGAAAAGGUGGCUUGGGAAAUCUACUCGAGGUCGAAGGAAGGUCACACCAACGAGGCACCGAGAGGUCAAGUUCCGACGUACAGCAGACACAAUCGCUGUGCCUAGCUCAGUACGCGUCGGUCACCAGUCGAAAUCGAAAAGACCUGUCACCAUGCCAAAGUCUGUGCCACUCGUGCCUGAACAUCUCCAGGCUUCUCAAGACAUGGCGCUCGAACAAGAACAAUCGGUCAAAUCUCACCAACAGCGCUCACCAUCUCCAGUUCCAUCUCUGCACGAUCCCGAAAAGGACAGCAGAUUCUCUCAGGAAUGCCAAGAUCUUCUUAAAAGUAUGAACUUCAAUGAGGACUGGCUUCUACCCGCAGCUUCCAUUUCGCAUGCUGUUGGCACGAUUUCACAGCCGGGACCCUCUAUUCUCUCCAGCGAUCAUAAGAGAAUAGACUCUCGUCAAACUAUGUCAAUCAAGGAUGCGCUUCAUAGACUUCCACCUCUAAAAGAGUCACAGAAAGAAGGCGGGCUGUCAGAUCUCACGCCUUCUGCCGCCGGCUCGCCUAUUGCCUCCCGAAAACGUCCUGCGGCACCAACGAGAGCUUCAAGUAAAACUGUCGCCAGCUUGGCAAGUAUGCUGCACAUGACGUUUCCCAAGCUUACCUCAGCACACUCUGACUCGAACCCCGAGUCGGCCUCGGCGUCUCACGUACAGCUCCAACGGAGCCGUUCUGCAGCACAGAGGCCGAAGGCCAGUCAGGCACAGCUGCAACGAAGUGCUUCUGCAGCGCAGAGGCCGAGGGCAAUGCAGUCUCUACUUCGCUUGCCUUCUGGUGCGUCUAUUUCUGGCCAAACACUAAGAAGCCCUCGUUCGGCAAUGAGCGUGGACACCCUUUCCAAGAUUGAGGCUCAAGUCCAAAACGGGCCACCUUUCAGAAUCAACACCGGACUCGCGAGCCCGCCACCCGAAAGUCCUGAACGAAGGAGUAGCGGUCCUCCAAGUAUACCCCCUGAACGACCACUACCAGCCCUCCCCGCUGCGGCUAUCCAUGAUGCUGUUACCGUGCGUACCAGCACGGACAGUGCUAGGAGCGCAAGAAAACGGUCAGAUGCCCGUGCACCUAUGGUCAUCUCGCCUUCAACCAUCCGUGUCGUUGGUGAGUCGCUGCCAGUGGAACCAAGCGUAUCAUUACAGCAAUCCGCUGGCCUACAAAGUCCGCAGGCUCGAUCUGCAGCAUUGACGACCCCAGCCAGGCAUUCAGCAGAUGUGUCAUCGCUCAGUUCUGGUAACUCUCGCAGGUCGUCUCGAUCUUUCAACCGUCACAGUAUCUCUGGAGUCCGAGCAGACAAAGUCAAGGAGAAGAGACUGCGUGAUCUUGCCUCUUCGAAGGGUCCGGCGGCUGAUCGGCCAUCGAGCAGCGACUCGGCAGAGUCAGCACGAGCACGACAGGACAGCAGUGAUUCUGGACAGCUCCAGAAUACCACUCCACCUACUUCGUUCUCCUUUGGCGGUCCUACACCCGGCGACGAACGUCACAAUCUGGAUCAACUUGACCAAUUCCCGGCUGUACCAAUUUCCCGAGCCGGAAGUGUUUCCGGCCCUACGCAUUCUCGGGGACAGAGCUACAGCAGCAUUGGCCACGCACGGCAGUGGUCGAAAGAGAGCAACACCUAUGCUCGUCAAGCUAAGCCUCGCCAAGUUCUUGGUCAAAGUAACAUCUUUGUUGUUGUAGACUCUGACCCAGUCACUGCACGCUUCCGUGCUGGUGCUAUGAGCCCGAGCCCUAGCAUCGGUCGUGGCGCUGAGGGUCGCAGUGGCAGCCCGUUCAAAGCAGCCAACCAUUCCCGAGUUCCUUCGAACUUGCGAGAAGUCACGGUCAACCAAGGCAGUCCACUGAGGGGACACAAACGGAACAACAGCAUACAAGCAGAAAAGUCCGACACUUCUGCUGCUCGUGCAGGCACUCCACCAAGAAGACCUAAGCGACAUGCCCGUAGCAACAGUAUUCAGGCCAGCAGCUCAAGUGAUGAGUCUACCAGUCGUGCCAGUCGUUCCGGUGUUCCAAAGUCUCCUCACAGACAUUCGCAUCGGUCUAAGAAACGUCGCAGGUGGAACAGUGGGGAUAUCACCCUCAUCAAGACUUUGCACAACAAUCUCGAGGACUAUUACGGCACCAUCUUGAAACAAGAAGAACGUAUCAGAUGGCAGGCUGAUCAGCUCAGAAUGAUGAUUCGGGUUAUUGCACCAAUGAACCGUGCCCGCGGUAUCAAGGCUUCGGCAUACAACGAUGGUGAGGCAGACACGGAUACUGGGGACGAAGACGAUUUUGUCAGUCAACAAUAUGCCCGAAGAUUGUCGAGCGGGGUCAGAUCACGCAGGCAGCAGAAACCUCGUUCCAUUUCGCCACAGAAUAAAGUGAGCAAGGAUAGACUCAACAGGCCAGCGCAGAGAAGAUACCCAAGCGCUGGGAACAACAGCACCACAUCUGCCACAGCCUCCAUGUCAGCACACUCGACCAAGCACAUGGCCGAUGAUGCGUCGGAGACAGAUCCUUUUGAAUACGACGGUCCUCUGUCAGGAGUCGGCAAAGUGUACCAGUCCCAGCAGGUCAAUAAGGAGAACCAGCCACCCACGAUCCGACGCGUAAACAGCACUUCGGCAACUGUGUCAAACAGCCUACCCAGACCCCGGUUGUCUGAAGAAAUGAGUAUGAUGAGCUCGUCCAAAUACGUACCCACCAUCACACAGCUUGACGAGGAGGACGAGGAGGACAUGUAUGCCGAGGAAGAAGCGAAGAGGCGGGAGGAAGCGAGAUUGAGUGUCAACCAUGUGCUCACCAACACCGAUCAGAUGGACAAGGCGCUUGAGCAGUUUGCUUAUAUUUGAGGACCAUUAUGAUGGUAUUUGCUUCUUUUUGUCAUUUAGCGACUUUCAUGUUAGUGAUUCUACUCGAGUCGUUGGUCACUGGACGGACAACAGUAUGGGGUUACAAAAUAUCCCAUGUGGCUGGUACAAUACCACAUAUUAAUCACGAAGAAUACCUAAUGACUUUAUCAUGA